CAGAAACCUCCUAAUUUUUUUAUUCUUUAUCAAUACAGAAAGAUUUUUUGUUUUAUUUUAAAGUAGUGGUUUUUAUUGUUUUUUUCUUAAAAAAAAAUUUUUUUUUGAGUACACAAAUGGCAUACUCACCAUGUCGGCAUAAAUGUUAGUAAAGUUUAAAAUAAGUAAAUGUUUUGAAGAUAGCAUAGGUCUUUUGCAUCAUGGUUCUUUCACGUAGAAAGCAGAACCGUACAUUCCCAAUCACAAUAAUAAGCUCUGGCAGAAACUCAUCUCAGCAAACCGGCUAUUCUUCUUGGGCUGAAGUAGUAUCGAGUAGUACUCGCAAGAUUCAGUCCUUUCGACCUAUGAUGAUUACUCCAAGUGUCCCUACAACAAACACAGCUAUUACAGAUGUGCCUUUGAUUUCAGCGUCCAACGCUCCCUCACCUAUUCAUCAGAAUCAAAUUGAAAAGACUCCCUUGUUUGCCUUUACGCUUACUAAGCCUGAUAUGGAGAGCCAACUAUCUCGCUUUGAUCAAGUUUUAGAUUUAGGAGUCACUACAGUUGAAGGAUGUUUUACUGGACAGGAAUAUGCCACCUUAAACUAUCUUCAACCGGAGAUAAGGAUACCCAAUUUGAAUCUUUGCAACGGAGCAGAUUGUCCACAACAUAAAAAGUUUUCAAAGUGUUACAACUCUAACGAAAGAGAACACCGCAUGUGUCAAUGUCCACGAAACAAUACAAUUGAUACUACCACUGCUCCUAGCAAGAAACGCAUUGCGAACAAGGAGAGAAAAGUGCCUAGUCCUACAGUAGACCAAGAGGUCAAUCAGGUUGCACCUUCGUUAGGCUAUCAGAUUAAGAAGGCCAUGACUGAGAAAGAUCCAGAAACUACAAUUGAAUCGGAUGAGGAGCCUAUGAUUGAACAGGCCAAAGACCUUCAACAAGUACCAGAGGACCAGAGUCAUCAAUCAGGAGCAGUCAAUUGAUCUUAAUUUGAGAAGAAACUGCUUUUUCGAGGUAGUAAUCAUUCCAUUAUUUUUGUUUUCUUUUUCACAUAACUGGCAAGAACCAUAACUAGUUGAUUUGUUGAGAGUAGAUGUUUUAAGAUUGUCUACUGUUUGGUAUACAAGGAUCAAUUAUGGGAAAGAAAGCAAAAAAUAUAUAUAUAUCUAUCAAAUGCGUUUUAUCAUUCGUCCACAUUAAGAAAUAUAAAUGAGUUUUUCAUUGUUUUAAAUUGUAAGCAAAG